GCUCCGGAACAAGCCCACGGUGUGGUUCGCGAUCAUCGACCAGGAGGAGGCCCUCCCGACCUUGGGCGUGCCCUCGGUGGGGGGACGGGCGACCUCAUAUUGGUGUAUGCCGAUGAGAACGUGUUCUUCAUAUCGACAGCACCGCACCAGUGGCUGUUCCCCCGCUGCUGCUCGGCGCUGCACCACGGCGGCAGCGGUUCCACCGCCGCGUCCCUUCGUGCUGGGAGGCCGACCAUCGUCUGCCCCGACCUGGACGACACCAAGUACUGGGCGGAGCAGGUGGAGCGGCUGCAAGUCGGCGUGCAGAUCCGGCCCCGGUGGGACCUGGACCGCCGCAUGGCGAACGUUCACGAGGUCGCGGCGGCCAUCAGAAAGUGCGACACGCCAGACAUCGUGGAGAGGGCCGCGGAGCUCGGGCGCAGGCUGCGCGAGGAGGACGGAGUUGGACGGGCGGUUUCGAUCAUCUCAAGAUUCGCCAAGGAGCGCGCCAAGUCUCGGCCACUGCCGUCGUGCGCGUAGCGCUGGCCCCCUGGCGGGCCGCGCGCGCAGCGCGGGGUUAGCCACCGCCCGCGCGGCGCCGCGGGCCGCCCCCCGGCGGGGCGAGCGCCGCAGUGUGCGAAAGGUGGCGGGCGAAGGGUGGCG